AGCUCCGGGGCUGGUGCUUCCGACCGCUGCGCGCUGCGCCCGGGCUGUGGCAGUAUCCCGUUGCCGCCGUCAUGUCCCGGCAGCUAUCGCGGGCCCGGCCCGCCACAGUGCUGGGCGCCAUGGAGAUGGGGCGCCGCAUGGACGCGCCCACCAGCGCCGCAGUCACGCGCGCCUUCCUGGAGCGAGGCCACACCGAGAUAGACACGGCCUUCCUGUACAGCGACGGCCAGUCCGAGACCAUCCUGGGCGGCCUGGGGCUCGGACUGGGGGGCAGCGACUGCAGAGUGAAAAUUGCUACCAAGGCCAAUCCAUGGUUUGGGAACUCCCUGAAGCCUGACAGUCUCCGGUUCCAGCUGGAGACGUCACUGAAGCGGCUGCAGUGUCCCCGAGUGGACCUCUUCUACCUACAUGCACCUGACCGCAGCACCCCGGUGGAAGAGACACUGCGCGCCUGCCACCAGCUGCACCAGGAGGGCAAGUUCGUGGAGCUUGGCCUCUCCAACUAUGCCGCCUGGGAAGUGGCUGAGAUCUGUACCCUCUGCAAGAGCAAUGGCUGGAUCGUGCCCACUGUGUACCAGGGCAUGUACAGCGCCACCACCCGGCAAGUGGAAACGGAGCUCUUCCCCUGCCUCAGGCACUUUGGACUGAGGUUCUAUGCCUACAACCCUCUGGCUGGGGGCCUGCUGACUGGCAGGUACAAGUAUGAGGACAAGGACGGGAAACAGCCCGUGGGCCGCUUCUUUGGGACUCAGUGGGCAGAGAUCUACAGGAAUCGGUGA